CAAGUCGAAUGGUCAAAAAGGUCCAGCGCCUUAUCUAGCGGUGGCCAGAAACCGCGUUGUCAUGUUAGACACUAGCAGAUGGCUCACUGAUAUGGCCUUAAAAACCAUGCAACAUAUUUAAUUCUUACUGACAACAUUGCACUAUCUGUCUUUCUGAUACAACAAUAAACUAUAGAGAUAUAUAUACUAUACAUAACCACUUUCACACAUACUCUUUCUCUCAUUCUCAAGAUUUGAACUUUGUUCCUCUCUCUAAAUUCCAAAUCAAUGCUGGGUCUUGCUUCAAGCUCCAAGUAGGUGAGUACCAUCACUCACUCUAAGCUGAACAUUCUUUUUUACCAUCUUUAGUGAGUUGGUCUGUCUUUCUUUAUAGUUUGCUCUUCUGCAGAAUCUACACCAUUAAAUUUGAAUUACCAUGCAGCUUGUUUUGAACCAUUUAUUGCUGUUUUUAUGCUUCACUGCAUCCAUAUAUGGUUAUACUGUCUCUGGUCUCAACUCUGAUGGGAUAACUUUGUUGGCACUCCUGAGGCACUGGACAUCUGUGCCUCCUUCCAUAACCUCAAGCUGGAAUGCUUCUGAUUCCUCUCCUUGCUCAUGGGCAGGAGUGGAGUGUGACAAUGCUCACAAUGUGAUGUCCCUUAACCUCUCUAGUCAGGCAAUUUCAGGUCGGUUAGGACCUGAAAUUGGGCACCUUUGUCAAUUGCAAAUCCUUGUUUUGAGUUUUAACAAUUUCUUUGGUGUCAUACCUAAAGAGUUAGGCAACUGUAGUGUUCUUGAGCAAUUGGACCUGUCUGUAAACAACUUUAGUGGAGAAAUACCUGAUAGAUUUGAAAACUUGCAGAGUUUACUGUCAUUGAGCCUUUAUGAAAAUAUGCUGAUUGGUGAAAUACCCAAAUCCGUGUUUCGGAUUCCACACUUGGAAUAUGUGUAUCUAAACAAUAACAAUUUCAAUGGCUCAAUUCCUGCAAAUGUUGGAAACAUGAGUGAGGUGUUGAGUCUAUCGUUAUAUGGUAAUCAGUUAUCAGGGAUGAUUCCUUCAUCUAUUGGAAAUUGUAGUAAACUGGAGGAACUUUAUUUGAAUCAGAACCAACUGGUGGGUAUUUUGCCUGAGAGUCUAAACAAUCUUGAGAACCUUGCUUAUUUAUCAGUCAGCCAAAAUAGUCUUGAGGGUAGAAUUCCUUUGGGUUUGGGCAAUUGCAAGAGUUUAUGCUCCUUGGAUUUAUCGUUCAAUGGUUUUAGUGGAGGUAUUCCACCAGGCUUGAGCAAUUGUAGUGACUUAGCAUACUUCGUUGCUGUGAGUAGCAACUUAAUGGGCAAUAUCCCAUCUUCCUUUGGUCUACUAUAUAAGCUUUUACUACUUCACCUUCCUGAAAACCAUUUGUCUGGAAAAAUACCGCCUGAACUUGGCAAGUGCAAGUCCUUGGAAGGCCUACUAUUGUAUACAAACCAACUUGAGGGGGAAAUUCCCAGUGAAUUAGGGAUGCUGACUGAAUUGCAGGACAUUGAAUUGUUUAACAACCGUUUAAUGGGUGAAAUUCCCAUUAGCAUUUGGAAGAUUCCGAGUCUCCAGUAUCUUCAUGUGUAUAAUAACAGCCUUUCCGGGGAGCUACCUCUGGAGAUGACUGAGCUCAAACAACUUAAAAACAUUUCAUUGUAUGACAACCAAUUCUCUGGAGUUAUACCUGAAAGUUUGGGGAUUAAUAGCAGCUUAAUACAGUUGGACUUUACAAAUAAUAAGUUCACUGGUAAAAUUCCUCCAAAUCUUUGCUUUGGAAAGCAAUUAAGUGUGCUGAAUAUGGGUCAAAAUCAACUUCAAGGUCGCAUACCUUCUGAUGUAGGAAGCUGUUCAACUCUGCGAAGAUUAAUCCUCAAAAAAAACAACUUCAAAGGGGUUCUUCCAGAAUUUGCCAAAAAUACAAAGCUUUUAUUCAUGGACAUCAGUGAAAAUAAUAUUGGUGGAGCGAUUCCAUCAAGCCUGGGAAAUUGCACCAACCUCACUUCCAUUAUUUUGUCCAAGAAUAUGUUUACAGGGUGUAUACCCCUAGAGCUAGGAAACCUCGUGAAUCUGCAGACAUUGAGUUUGGCUGAAAACAAAUUGGAAGGUCCUUUGCCAUCUCAGCUAUCAAAUUGUGUCAAAUUAGAGAGAUUUGAUGUGGGUUUCAAUCUAUUGAAUGGCUCAAUUCCAUCUAGUUUGAGGAGUUGGACAGGUUUAUCCGCAUUGAUUUUGAGAGAGAAUCGUUUUAUUGGGGGUGUCCCAUCGUUCUUGUCAGAAUUUAAAAAGCUCUCAGAGCUACAACUUGGUGGAAAUAUUUUUGGAGGAGAGAUUCCUUCGUUUAUUGGGGCACUGCAGGAUCUAUUCUAUGCAUUGAAUCUCAGCAGUAAUGGGUUGACAGGUGAAGUUCCUUUAGAGCUUGGAAAAUUGAACAGGCUUCUGCAGCUGGAUGUGUCUCAUAACAAUUUGACAGGAACUUUGAUAGCUCUAGAGGAAAUGCAGUCAUUAGUUGAGGUCAAUAUUUCAUACAAUCACUUCACAGGUCCUGUCCCACAAACACUAAUGAAGUUUCUGAACUCAUCUCCAUCAUCAUUCUUAGGCAACCCCAGCCUUUGUGUCAGUUGUCUUCCAUCUGGUGGAUUAACCUGCACCGGAAACAGCAAUUUCAAGCCUUGUGACCUUCAAUCAAGCAAUAAAAAAGGUCUUAGUAGAUUAGAAGUCGCAAUGAUAUCCCUUGGAUCCUCACUAGCUCUUGUUUUUAUGCUUCUUGGAUUGGUUCUUGUGUUUCUUUUCAGCGGAAGACUAAAGCAGGAAGCUGACACCUCUGCUCAAGAGGGAUCAUCUUCCCUGCUUAAAAAACUAAUGGAGGCUACAGCAAAUCUAGACGACCAGUAUUUAAUUGGGCGAGGAGCCCAUGGAACUGUUUAUACGGCCUCAUUGAGCCCAGACAAAGUUUUUGCCGUGAAGAAGCUUGCAUUUUCUGGGAAUAAAGGAGGAAACCUAAGUAUGGCUAGGGAAAUUCAAACUGUUGGGAAGAUUAGGCACCGGAAUUUGGUGAGACUGGAAGAAUUUUGGUUACGAAAGGACUAUGGUUUAAUCUUGUAUCGGUACAUGCAAAAUGGGAGCCUUCAUGAUGUUUUACAUGAAGUGAAUCCACCACCAACACUAGAGUGGGGUGUCCGCUACAAAAUAGCAGUUGGAACAGCACAUGGAUUGACAUAUCUCCAUUUUGACUGUGAUCCUCCUAUAGUACACCGUGAUAUCAAGCCAAAUAACAUACUUUUAGACUCAGAGAUGGAGCCUCAUAUUGCUGAUUUUGGUAUCGCCAAGCUUCUGGAUCAGUCCUCUGCUUCAACCCCAUCCAUCUCAGUUGUGGGUACAUUUGGUUAUAUUGCACCAGAAAAUGCAUACACAACAACAAAGGGUAAGGAGUCUGAUGUGUAUAGUUACGGGGUUGUUUUGCUCGAGCUGUUAACCCGAAAGAAGGCAUUGGAUCCAUCAUUCACGGAGGAAAUGGAUAUUGUGAGUUGGGUCAGGUCCGUCUGGAGCAAUACAGGAGAAAUUGAAAAGAUUGUUGAUUCAAGCCUUAUGGAGGAAUUUUUGCAUUCAGAUAUCAUGGAACAAGUUAUUGAUGUGUUUGUGGUGGCUUUGAGAUGCACUGAAAAGGAGCCAAGCAAGAGACCUACAAUGAGAGACGUUGUCAGACAAUUAUUAGAUGCCAGUACCCCCAUGAAAAGUAAAAAGAAACAACCUAUUUAAGUUUCUAACUUGGUUGUGCCUGUUGGCAAAAAAAUUAUUGUUUUUAAUUGUUCCAGAUUUAGUUCCUUUGGAGAGUAUUGUAUACUUGAUUAUGUAAUUAUUAUGCACUUUUGAAGAAGAUGAGUCAAAACACUCUCAAAUGUGGAUACUAAUUCGCGUAUGUUCACAGUUCACAUGCUUGCGUGCAUGCACAAACACACCAAAUGUUAAUCUGAGGAGCCUUAAAAUUGAGACA